AUGGAAGUCAAUGGCAAAGUGGCUGUUGACAUGGAGUUCGCCAAGAACAUGUACGAGCUUCAUAAGAAGGUUUCACCGAGUGAAGUCAUUGUUGGAUGGUAUGCCACAGGAUAUGACAUCACAGAGCACUCCGUUCUGAUCCAUGAGUAUUACAGCCGAGAGGCGCCAAACCCCAUUCACAUGACCGUGGACACGGCACUGCAGAGCAACAAAAUGAACAUCCGUGCCUAUGUCAGUUCACAGAUGGGCGUUCCAGGCAAGACAGUUGGUGUCAUGUUCACCCCCCUGACAAUCAAGUACAUUUACUAUGACACAGAGCGCAUUGGAGUUGACCUUUUACAGAGGACUCGUGCAUCUCCCAGUCGAACCAACGGACUGACCACAGACCUGGCCCAGGUGGCCAGUGCAGCAGGACGCGUACAAGAAAUGCUGUCCACUAUGCUCUCAUAUAUAGAAGAUGUACUGUCUGGAAAAGUGAUGGCAGAUAACAGUGUUGGUCGUUACCUGAUGGAUCUUGUGAACAAAGUGCCGAAGAUUACAGCAGAAGACUUUGAGAGCAUGUUGAACUCCAACAUUAAUGAUCUGUUGAUGGUGACCUACCUGGCGAACCUCACUCAAGCUCAGAUCGCGCUUAAUGAGAAGCUAGUUGUUCUGUGAUCAGAAAUUAAAAUAAAUCAUGUUUUUCAUUUCGACAA